AUGAAGUGGGAUGCCUGGCUCGUGUCUAAAGACGCAAGACCUCGGGAAGGUCUCAGGAUUGUGAUGGACUACAAACCAGAAGGAGACUCGGAAGAACCAUGGGGUAUUCAUGCGCUGCCUCUCGACUACGCACCUCUGAAACCCUAUGUUGAAAAGGCGCAGAACGUUGUUUCGUUUGAACGCCAAGGAGAUUGUGUGCAUUGCCACGAACCGCUAGAGUCAGGAAUCGGCCUUCAUCCAAUAUGCCCUCACCAAGGGUGUGAAGCCAUGGGUCAUCUGGAAUGCUGGGGGAAAUAUGCUCUGCAAGGCGAAGACAAGGGUGUCAUGGUACCGCUGUCCUGCAGUUGUCCGAGCUGCAAUGGGAAUAUCAAUUGGAUUGAUAUGAUGAAGGAGUUGACACUUCGUGUACGAGGGCCGAAAGAGGUAACGAAACUGCUUAAGAAGCCACGGCGUACAAAGAAGGCUAUAGCGGCUGAAGCUGAGGCUGAGGAGGACAUUUGA